AUUCACAGAACAUAUAUACCUGCUUAUGAGAAUGCCGAUGUAGCAUUAGAAUCAAGAACAUGGCUGCAUCAUCAUCAGGAAGAGAACUGGAAGAGAGCAAUCUCACUUUGUUUCCAAGGCCUCCAGGUGAUGAUCCUACCCAGACAUCAAGGUUCUCGAUUACUGGCUGGUUCCGCAAGGGAAAAGAUUCCCAAGGUUCCAAGUCCAGUGACAAAAACCCUGGUAGCCGACCAAAGGAUCUACCAAUCAGGAAGUCCAUACUAGAACAUAAACAAGAAGAAGAAGAUCUAGAGGCUGAGAGAGAAGUUCCAACAAACACUGAAAGGAGAUCGUCUGAUGGUAGAUUGAAACCCGAAGGUCAAUUAAGAGGUUUACUUCCUCGAAGCCUGUCUCCUUUGGUCGGUGGUGGGUCAAAGAAGGAUCUGGACCAGUCUUUGUCCAAGUCCAGAGGAUAUGAGUCCAGUGUGUCAGCACCGGUUGUCAAUUACACUCGGAGCUUGACCACUGUCCUUAAGCACCUUAGUAGUUUGAUUGAGAGGAAAGGACAGGAUCCUACAACCUAUUCAGACAGCAGUCUGCGACAGUAUUGGAUGCCAGACAGUCAGUGUAAAGAGUGCUAUGACUGCGGGGAAAAGUUCACUACGUUUAGACGGCGCCACCAUUGUCGGGUGUGCGGACAGAUCUUCUGCAGCCGAUGCUGCAAUCAGGAAGUUUCGGGCAAAUUCAUAGGAUUCAUUGGAAACCUUCGGGUCUGUACCUAUUGUUGUAAGGUUGUGCUCAGCUAUGCUCAGUCGGCUUACACCGGUGACCUCAAAGCAUUACAGGAGGACCUGAUGACCGUUGCCGAGGCAAACACACCAAGUUCGGAGGAUGCUGUGCUGACACCAAGAAAGAAGUUCUUAGGAUUCAUGGAUGAAGAUAUGAGAAGAACAAGUCGAGCAAUGAGUGUUGGGAGUGUGGACGCUCCAUCAUCCUCUAAUCUCUUUGAAGUCUUUCCUGGACUUACCAAUUCAACUGAUUCACAAGUAUCCAUUGUUGAAAAUCAAAAGCUUUUGAAUUCGGCACAACUUCGAGAUCUCUGGGUCCUGAUAAAGAAUCCUAACAAUGGAAUAAUGUUUCAGAAUCAUCGUUACCGUCUACGGACCUAUCCUGAUUGCAUCAUCGGUAGCGAGCUUGUUGAUUGGCUCAUUCAAAACGACAAAGCUGCCCAAAGAGUACAAGCUGUGGCCAUUGGUAAAGCCUUGCUAGACGCUAAAUGGAUCAAGUGUGUCACGUCAUCCUACCAGGAAGGUUUCGUUGAUGGAUACGCCCUCUAUUGUCAAGGAGAGUUAGCGGAGAGUCAGGACUUACUCGCCCCCCAGGGCAAUGAGUCGGAGAAUCCCGUGUUUGGAGAGUUCAUGGAACCUGUAUGGUUCAGAGAUAUUCAUCAAGAUGAUGACAUCAACUCAGAGGACGAUCUGUUAGACCGCAAAUCAAUGAAUGAAGCAGUCGUCGUCAGCCUUCCCGAUUCGUCGCCUUCGAUAGACCUUCCAACGGAGGAGCAGGACGGGAGCGUUCAGUCUCGCCAAAAAUACAAUUCUUCCCCCAUACCGACCUUCAAAUUGGAGUUAGAUACAGGUACUCAUGAUGGUGGACAGAAGGAAGGUUUGGCCAAUGGUCAUUGGGAAGUGACCAAUCAAGAGAUGUCCGUUCCUCACACCACAGAUUCCCUUACAGGUAAGUGUUUUAUACAAAAUAUACGUGUACUUGUACUGUGGAUGUGUUUUUCAGUAAAUUGAAGUAUUGUGUCAAAGUGGCUGUUGACUAUGUGGUGUUGUCGAUGUUGAUGAUGGUGAUGAUGAUGAUGAUGAUGAUGGUGAUGAUGAUGAUGAUGAUGAUGAACACAAGAUAACGAUGAUGAUGAUUAUUUUGAUGAUUAGGAUGUUAGUGAUGAUGAUGAUGAUGAUGAGGGUGAUGAUGAUUAUGAUGACGAGGGUGGUGAUGAUGAACUCAAGAUAAUGAUGAUGAAGAUUUUGAUGAUUAGGAUGUUAGUGAUGAUGAUGACGAGGGUGAUGAAAAGAAUGAUGAAGAUUAUGAUGCUGCUGAUGAUAAUUAUUAUUGGGAUGAUGAUGAUGGUUUUUAAAAUAAUGGAGAUGAGGAUGAUGAUGGUGAUAAUUAUGGUGAAAGUUUUAGCAUUCUUGACAUAAUAUCUGUUUUCAUCAUUACAGCAGCAAACACACAGAUAAUAUUAUUGUAAUUAAGUAGGAAACAUACUAUCCUUUUGUUAUUGCAAUGGAUCAUUUCAAUCCUGAAAUAUACUGUUUCAUAUUUCAUGAAAAAUACAUCAACCUAAAAUUCAUUCAGACGGGUAAACUGAUAUUUGCUUUUUAAAAGCAUGUAGAGGCGAUUUGCUUAGCUGCAGUAAUUCAAUUUACAUGACUGUAUUUCCUUGUUAGAGCCACCCAUCCAAAUGUUUACCUAAAGGUCAUAUUAGGAUGGCUAGGUAGUGGGAAAGCACCUUGUGAUUAAGCCUCUAGAAGCAAUUCCCAUUUGAUUGAAUGUCCCUAUCAUUGAAGUUAAUAGAUAACUCAGUUUAACAAGGGGCGACACUAAUGACGAGAUGUCAGGGUUUAUAAUGACAGCGUAAGAUCCCAUUCUCAUCAGCUUUCUUGAACUGGUUUCCCUUAAACCAGUUUAGAAAUCUAGUUUAGAAGAUCGCUUCCUUGCAUUCUCAUCACCAUCUCCGAAACUGGUUUCUAGAACCACUUUGUGUGAAUUGGUCUUGUUGCAAUGGGAACAGUCUCAGUUGGGUUAUUCAGUACAUGUAUAUGUUUUGUGUGAAAUUUCAAACUGCAGCAUAGGCAUCCUACAUAUACCGUAGUGUGUACUGCACCCAACAUGCACACAAAGUUUGUAUGAAUGUGUCCUUAUCUACGCGUCAACUAGUUUAAACGUCAAAUCCCCCUCAAAUGUAGAUUCUAAUCAAAAGAGAAAAAUCAGACAAGCAUAAUGCUAAAAGUUUUAUCAAAAUUGGAUGCAAAUUAAGAAAGUUAUGACAUUUUAAAGUUUCGCUUAAUUUUCACAAAAAAGUUAUGUGUACAAUUUAGUCACAUGCAAAUGACAGACUCGAUGAUGUCCCUCACUCACUAUUUCUUUUGUUUUUUAUUGUUUGCAUUAGACAUUAUUUCAAUUUUUUCAGAUUUGACAACAAGGACCAACUUGACUGAACCAUAAAAUGUUAAACAAUGGUAAUUCCACAUGUUUAGGGAGAAAUAAAACUUUGUUUCACAUGAAAAUGUGGUGAAAAUGAAAAUUUUUCAUAUUUCAUAUGAUAUUAUACAAAAGAAAUAGUGAGUGAGUGAUCUCAUCAGUUCCCUCAUUUGCAUACCGACCAGGAUGUGAAUAUAACUGUUUUGUGAAAUUAAGCGAAACUUUAAAAUGUCAUAUCUUUCUUAUUUCACAUCCGAUUUGAUGAAGUUUUCAGUGUUAUGCUUGUUCGAUUUUUUUUCUUUUUAUUCAAAUCAACUUUUUGUUGGGGGUGGACUUGGCCUUUAACAAGGCCAAAGCAGUCUUGAAAACCACAUUGCGACAUUUGUAAGACUCCUUAAGAUUGCACCCAAGACCACAUCAAGCGUUCCCAUUGCACGUUUAACUGGUUUCCACUAAACUAGUAGACCUCCCAUCCAAAGCUUAUUUUAUUAUAUUUUAUUUCCUGUUCUCUUUCUCCCCCUCUAAAUCUUUCUAUCGAUCUAUCUUCUUUCCCUUGUUCUUUAUAUUUUUAUCUCUCACUCUCUUUCUCUCUCUGCCCCCUCUCUCUCUAUCUUCUUUGUAUGAUUUGAUUCUUCCCCUCCUGUCCGUCUAUUCUGCCUAUCCCUUUCUCUUACAGUCAUUGUCUUCACCACUUCACAAUUCUACAUGAAUUUUACUACUUAGUAAAAAAAGAUUUAAAGAUAAUUUAACUGACAACUAUUUUAUUUAACUAUGUCAUGUGGGGGCCUCCUGUCCCCACCCAAUCUAACAU